GGAGAGAACCCAGCUUGCUUGGGUCUUGGGGGGAGGCGGUGGUGGCUCUGGAGAAGGAAGAGGAGUGGGGCCGGAGGAGGCAGCGGCGGCGAACCGGCCAGGGUGAUGGUACAGGUGCCAGGGCCCGGCGCGGAGCUGCCGCGCUGAAGGACGACGGGUCCCGAGUCCGCAGCGCCGCCGCGUCGCUCCCGGGGACGGGCGAGCGGGCGGGAAGAUGCUGAGCAGGUUGAUGAGCGGCAGCAGCAGGAGUCUGGAGCGCGAGUACAGCUGCACAGUGCGGCUGCUGGACGACAGCGAGUACACCUGCACCAUCCAGAGAGAUGCCAAAGGCCAGUACCUGUUUGACCUCCUUUGCCACCACCUGAACCUGCUUGAAAAAGACUACUUUGGGAUUCGUUUUGUGGACCCAGAUAAGCAGCGGCAUUGGUUGGAGUUUACAAAGUCAGUGGUGAAGCAAUUGAGAUCCCAGCCUCCGUUUACCAUGUGCUUCCGGGUGAAGUUCUACCCUGCAGACCCUGCUGCUCUGAAGGAAGAGAUAACCAGGUACUUAGUCUUCCUGCAGAUCAAAAGGGAUCUCUACCAUGGCCGUCUCCUCUGUAAGACAUCGGAUGCCGCCUUGUUAGCAGCCUAUAUCCUUCAAGCGGAGAUUGGGGAUUACGACCCAGGAAAGCACCCUGAGGGCUACAGCUCCAAGUUCCAGUUUUUCCCAAAGCAUUCAGAGAAACUGGAAAAGAAAAUUGCUGAGAUUCACAAGACUGAACUCAGUGGUCAAACACCAGCAACAUCAGAGCUGAAUUUCUUGAGAAAGGCACAGACAUUAGAGACCUACGGAGUGGACCCUCACCCGUGUAAGGACGUGUCGGGAAAUGCUGCGUUUCUGGCUUUCACUCCUUUCGGGUUUGUUGUUCUUCAAGGAAACAAGAGGGUCCACUUCAUUAAGUGGAAUGAGGUGACCAAACUGAAAUUUGAAGGAAAGACUUUCUAUUUAUAUGUAAGUCAGAAAGAGGAAAAGAAAAUUAUUCUCACAUAUUUUGCUCCAACUCCAGAAGCCUGCAAGCACCUCUGGAAGUGUGGAAUUGAGAAUCAAGCCUUCUACAAGCUGGAGAAGUCAAGCCAAGUUCGUACAGUGUCCAGCAGCAACCUGUUCUUCAAAGGGAGCCGGUUCCGAUACAGUGGCCGGGUUGCAAAGGAAGUCAUGGAGUCAAGUGCCAAGAUCAAACGGGAGCCACCAGAAAUACACAGAGCAGGGAUGGUUCCCAGCCGCAGCUGUCCCUCCAUAACCCACGGCCCACGGCUGAGCAGUGUCCCCAGGACACGAAGAAGAGCUGUUCACAUCUCCAUCAUGGAAGGCCUGGAGUCCCUACGAGACAGUGCCCAUUCCACACCAGUACGGUCCUCUUCCCAUGGGGACACCUUCUUGCCUCACGUGAGGAGUAGCCGGGCAGACAGCAAUGAGCGUGUAGCUGUGAUUGCAGACGAGGCCUACAGCCCAGCAGACAGCGUGCUACCCACCCCUGUAGCCGAGCACAGCCUGGAGCUGAUGCUGCUAUCCCGGCAGAUCAACGGAGCCACGUGCAGCAUUGAGGAGGAGAAGGAGUCUGAGGCCAGCACCCCAACUGCAGCAGAGGUGGAGGCCCUUGGAGGAGAGCUGAGGGCCCUGUGUCAGGGGCACGGCGGGCCAGAGCAAGAACAGGUGAAUAAGUUUGUUUUAAGUGUCCUCCGUUUGCUCCUUGUGACCAUGGGGCUCCUCUUUGUUUUGCUCCUCCUCCUGAUCAUCCUCACUGAGUCUGACCUUGACAUUGCCUUUUUCCGAGAUAUCCGCCAGACCCCAGAGUUUGAACAAUUCCACUAUCAAUACUUUUGUCCCCUCAGGCGAUGGUUUGCCUGCAAAAUCCGCUCAGUGGUGAGCCUGCUCAUUGACACCUGAGAAGGCAUGACUCCUCCCAAAAACUAGUCAGGUGGACCAUGGAACCCGGCUACCCAUUCCCAGCAAUGGGAUCCAUCGCGGAACCAUCGGCACACACCAAGUCCUCCUCAUGACUCAAAGCCCACUGCAGCCUAGGAGGGUUCUUUCCCAGAAGAAGAAAGGGACAUAGGCUAAAGCCCUGUAAAGAAACUGGGAAAACUCAAUUUCUUCAGAGGCUCUUGCAAGAAAGGCUCAGCAACUCUUAUGUUUCUCAUCCUUCAAUAUGCAGGAAAAUUUUUGGGUUCGAACUUUAAUUUUUCAUAGAUGUGUAUUAUUUUGAAAGUAUCCAAAUAAAAAUAAUUUAUUUUACUAUACUGAUUAUUGCAGUAGUGCCACCUGGGAGACGGGACACUAGCUGAAGACAGAGCUGUCGUCCCCUCUGUACCCUGCAGCCUUCUCACUGGUCCCACUGAGUUCCGGGAGACCCAGCAAGACAGGCCAGGGCUGUGGACAGCCAGGAUCGUUGAGGUUUAUUUGCCAGACAGAAGGUUUAACAAAGUAAACACCUGUGCAGAAUAAUUAAACUAGAAAGUUGCUUCUUACGAUGGUCUGAGUUGGAUUUUCUUUUCUUUUGUUUUCCCACAUCUGAGCAGAGUGGGCACAUCUGAAGGGACCGCAGCUACAGCAGCAGCAGCAGCAGCAGGGGUGGGGUAAGUCUGUCCCCUUAGACUAGAGCCUAGUGGACAUCACUUAGUUUUAUUUCAUCAUUGUUUUUUUUCCUGAAGAACCUCAAGACUCUUCUAGCGCUUCUGGGUGUUAAAUGAAGUCAUUGGCAGCAGCGUGCACCACUGGAAAUGCCCCGCGGUGUAGUUACCAGAGACCUGUGCUAAGCCGCCUGAGCGCCUGUAGGGCAGAGAGCGGUACUUGUUUUGUACAGUGUGCCCUUCCAAAAAAGGACUAUUUCAAGCUCUAUUUUAACAGCAAAAUGUUAUUUUCUUAUCUAUUCGUAUUUUUUUUUAACUUUAUGGAUUAAGAAAAUAGAACCUGAUGACCUUUAGAUGCGAGAGAAACAGAUCUGAGGAAAACAUGGAGCGCGAGCAGCAACCUUGGAAGGGCCGGGAGACACUCUGAACAGAAUCAAGUGAUGCCUACAAGAGGCAGGAUUUGACCAUGGCAGAGAUCAACACUUACUGUAGAAAUGCCACCCACAGAGUCAGCCUCCGCUCCUGGAAAUAAGGCCACGGAGAAUACUUGGAGGGCGUCACUCACAGCAGCACAGGACCACACGAAGGUGAGGAGUCCCAGGCCUCUGCACUUAAAAACAACCACACACACGAUCUUGUUUGCAUCUCAGGGAGAGAUUGCUAAGGCAUCCGGAGCCCAAGGACUUAUUUAAAGGACUGCCAAAGGGCACAGUCCUGGGACCCAGACAAGAACGGAGCUAAACAGCCCCCAAAGCAGAGCCGAUUGGACUAUAGUACAUUUGAGCUCCUCGUGUUUUCACCUGUGGUGGUAAACCCAUGCCCAUGUUCAGCCAGUGGUUUGGAGGAUGCCAGGGUGUGUAUGUAGUUUUAAAGAUGCCAUCCUUAUCUAGAUGUCAGCAAACCUCUUUAAUAGAGUUUUGGUUUGUGGACCGUACUCUGCCACCCUAGCAACCUCUGAUAUUGUAUGCAUAAAGAAGUGUAAUUCUGAGGAUGGAGCUCACUGGGUAGAGUACAUGCCUAGCAUUAGCCGCGUACUGUGUGGGGGCACGUACCUGUGAUCCCAGCAUUCAAGUACAGACAGGAGGAUCAGAAGUUCAGGGUCACACCAGUUACAUAAUAGUUCAAGGCCAGUCUGGGAUUCAUGAAACCCUGUCUCGGGACUGCCAGUCUCCCACUUCCCAAACAACAAUAAACAAAACAAAAUAAAACAGCAAUAUGCUGAAAUUGGCCCACAGCCAUAAGAUUGCAGACCCUGACCUACACAAUACAACCACCACACGUUAGGGCCAGCUUCAAUUCCUGUCUCAUGUAAGACCUAGAACCAUUUCCCCAUGGGGGCUUUGCCGGGUGCUCCACCAACCAGCAGUGACGUCACAUCUGAUGCAAUGAUCAAGUACUGCCUCUCGGAACAGCGGUGACUCGCAGAACGGACACAGACCUAUCUGAUCAUUUCCAUACCAGCAAGAGUUUGGGUAAAACCUAAUACAUACUUACCACGUGACAAGACAAACCGAGGGGAUCCUAGUAAAGACUAGAGAUCGCUUCAAAGCAACGAGCCACUGCCAUCUGUCAACUUCAGAGCAAAGGUCUACUUAGCACAGGACUCAGGUCAAAGUCCCCUAGAGAUGCAAAGGCUGCUGGGAAACAGGGCUGGUCUGAACUGGGAUUUCUAUUUUUAUGCAACAUAGCAGAUUGCCUUCUAGUGUAGUGCUCCUACCUCAGUUUGUAGAACACAGCGUCUAUGCAGUGAGUGGUAGCCUCGCCUCUGACCCUUCACAGCCACGCGAGGGAGGCAGCCUGCCAUUGCCUGGUGUGUUUCUUGUGUCUAGAGCCCUAACAGUGGUCCUUGCCAUUUCCGACAUCUGAUCAACCUUCAGGUUGUUUUUGUUCCCCAAAGCUUAUCCCAGAAAAUAAGGACAGAAAAGGCUUCCUUCGAUUUGGUUCCCAAAUAGUUUUCAAUAGUUCAACAACAAAGCCCCAUUAUUGGUGACUAGUGCUUUUCAGUAUUUCCCCGUCAUUAAAAAGUUCUGUUUUCA